AUGGUGGUUGGGGGUGGUCGGCGUUUUCAUUCUUUGCACAUGGGCCUAGUGUGGUUGUGGGAGUCGGCGGUGGGUUUGAUACCUUGGUGUUUUUUAUGCUUCUUGGUGCUGCAGCAGAUGUCGUUAGAAGGUUCUUUAGAUCCAGGAAUGAUUAUGACGAUGAAGAUUACUGGUACAUCAGAGGACAAGGACAAUACGAAGACGUGAUUGUACACAUCAUCCUAGAUUCUUAUUUGAGUUAUGAUUUUAGGAUACUUUGAUUCAUAAUUUUGGUUUAUGGAAACUAUGUUUUUGUGUAAUUUAUUGAAAGACCCCUUUCAUACUUAACAUUAUUACUC